UGGGGGGAGAUUAACUAAAUGUCAUCUUCAACAUCUUAAAUACGAAGAAACACAAAACUAGAAAACAUCCACACGUGACAGCGGCACGGCGCUAUAUGAGGAAAAAGGCAGCAAGCAUCAGGACCAGUCGGGAGUCAGUCAGCGCUCAACCUCAGCAGCGCGCAAAACGCACUCUCACUUACCGGCUCUCGUCUUCCCUUUUGAAAGAAAGCAACACAUGUGAGUUUGUUUCUGCUGAGCUACAGGACACGGAGCGGACAAGUUUGAGUGAGGGACCGCAGGUAAACGGAAUCUAAGCUUUUUUUUCAGAGAGGAGGGAAGGAAAUCCCCUCCUUUUCACCGUCCGCGACCACCUUUUUCCUCCUCCUCGGACCUCUGUUCUCUUCUGGAGACGCAAGUUUCUCACACAAAGAGGGAUGCUGCAUGUUCCCGAGCCGCACUUGCACUCAGAGGGAACCUAAAAGUAGACCGGAGCGGAAUUAAUACUUCAUCUGAUGCAAGCGCACCAAAGCGGACACUUUUAGUGACUGGAGGAUCAGCGCGCUUCAUAAAAUGAUCCCAAUCGGCGGCGUGAUAACAUGUCGCAUCUCGUCUGAUGUUUGACACAUGUUGAGGAUCGACUAAAGAAGAAACUGGAGGAGGACAUAACAAAGUCCGAGAAUUCAUCCCGAGCCCUGCUGGCACCUUUUUACUGGAGUCCGAACAACAGAUCGCCGUCCAGAUGCAGUUUCGACUCUUCUCAUUUGCCCUGGUCGUGUUGAACUGUAUGGAGUACAGCAGCUGUCAGGCGCCGUCGCACCGCUGGAGGAGAAACAAAAGAGCUAGCUAUGGAGCGUACCCCAUCUGUAAAGGCUGCUCGGUGUGCUCCAGGGACAACGGCUGUGUAAACUGCCAGCCCAAACUCUUCCUGUUUUUGCGGAGAGAGAGGAUGAGGCAGUAUGGGGAGUGUCUUCAUGACUGUCCAGCCGGAUACUACGGCAUGCGCAGCCCUGAACUCAACAUGUGCUCCAGGUGCAGGAUAGAGAACUGUGAGUCCUGCUUCAGCAAAGACUUCUGCACCAAAUGCAAGUCUGGCUUUUACCUACACAAAGGGCGCUGCUUUGAUAAGUGCCCCGAGGGCUUUGCCCCGCUGGAGGAAACCAUGGAGUGCGGAGAGGGCUGUGAGGUGGGCCAGUGGAGCGAAUGGGGAGCCUGCACCAGGAGAAACAAAACCUGUGGCUAUAAGUGGGGUCUGGAGACCCGGACGCGGCACAUUGUAAAGAAACCACCCAAGGACACAAUACCCUGUCCCACCAUCGCUGAGUCCAGGAUGUGCAAAAUGGCCAUGAGGCACUGCAGGAGAGAUGGCUCAGGGAAGCAGCGACCCAAAGAACCAAAGAAGAAGAACAAGCAGAGGCUGCGGUUUCGGGCCCAGAACCAGCACAGUGACCACUUGGCCUCCGCGCGCUCCAGCCAGUGAGGACUAAAAAACUCGAAACUAGACUUCCCAUUGAACAAAGAAACCAACGCAACGCUGCUAGCCGCUGCUGCACCCAUAUUCCGACCGACAACUAUCACAACAAUCCCCCCCCCCCUCCACCCCCACCACCGCGCGCACACCGGAAAACACAACCAUAACUCACAAGUCCGUCAUUACAAAUAUAUAUAUAUAUGUCUAACGUACGAUAUCGGUAUCAACACACUAAACACAUGCUUCAUGCCUCCCGCUGCUUCUUUCCCCCCCCCCUCAGCUGCAGUAACCAGCCAGGUGAAUCUCAGCCCCACCCCUUGCCUUGCCUUGUGGACCUUUACAGUCAACUUUACCGAACUCAUUUCCUGUCGUUAACAAUGCCAUUAAGCGUGCAGAGUGAUGGAAGACGCAGGGGCAGCCAGAGACUGGAGGCGGGAGAGCCGGAUAGAGGGAGGCGGAUAGGAGAGGUAGCGAGGGAGUUGGCAGUGGGGGUGGGGGGGUGGGGGGGUGGUCAGACCAGGGAAGAUGUAAAAAAGAGAGAAGAUGAAGCGACGAUAGAGAUUUGACUGAAGCAAAUGAUGCUGAUGGACAAGAAAAGGGCAUCUGGAACUGAAAGAGACAGUUUUUUUGUUCCUAUAUUUAUGUUAAAACUACCCUCACCUUCCCCUCUAAAUGGAGACGGAGCGUUCCCAUGUGUGGCCUUUAUGUUAUGUACAUUUUUGAGAGUAAUAUUAAAGAAAUUACCAUGCGUAGUUGCAAAGUAUUUUAUUCUCAGCACAAACUGUUUACGUUCAAACCGCUUUAUGCUCUAACUGUAUAGUGUGGAUAUAAAAAAGAAGAAAUUUAGUUGUUUGACAAGCAUGGCAACAGACUCAUGUGUACAUAGUUUAUCUAAUUAUGAAAGCUUAUUACUGUAUUUUCAGUAUUGACUUGUUCACCAUUCUAAAUGUUUUAGAGAUUAAACGGUUGUAAUACCAAGCUACAGAUUAAAAUGAUUAAAAACAAAUAAUAAACAUAGCCGCCACAUAGCUAUUUCAUUUAUAUGGUAUAUAUUUGAUUUAUUUAUUAAUUCUAUUUUGUACUUUUUUUGUUCAGUGAGAACGUUUGCCUCAUACUGUUUCUCUUAUAUGCUGAAAUAUUCUUUGAGGUCCUUAUAACAGUGCAUAUCUUUAACACAUGGAAAAAAGUUUUUGUUCUGAUGUCAUUCAAAGUCUUCUAUUACAUUCAUUUGACCUCAUCUACUGAUUUCAAUGUUUUCAAGAAGAAAUAAAAAAGACAAAACUAUGCUUUGACAUAUUCUAGGUUUAAUGAUUAGGAUCCAGCAAAUGUAUGGUCAUAGGACUGCAUAUGUGUACAUUGUGUUUUAUUAAAAUACAUUUCAUGUGACUGUA